CCUCACAAACCCUAAUUUUUGACCUGAAACGUUUCGUUUCCCAAGUAUCCGGCGAUGAAGGGAGACUUGGGUGAUGAGGAGCCGGGUUCACUGGCAACGCUGCCGACAAGAGGUAGGCAUAUUGGGAAGAGAGCUCUCAGGAACAAAAGCCUCACCGUCUCUUUUGACGAGAAAGAUCUCAAGGAUUUUGUGACUGGUUUUCACAAGAGGAAGAAGAAGAGAAGAAAGGAAGCUCAGAAGCAGCAGGAGGAAGCUAUGAGGCGGAAACGAAUCGAGGCUCGUAAGAAGAGGAAAUUGGAAGAGCUAAUGGUUUCGGGUCAAGGCGAGGAUAAUGAAAAUGGGGAAGCUGAAGAUGAUGAAGAGGAUGCAGAGGAUGAAGAAUCAGAGCCUGAUGCUUCAGCUUCAGCUUCUGGCACGACGAUGUAUGACACAGGCGAGCUGAAAGUAACUGUGACAACAAGCGAGAUAUCUUGUGAAGAGGAAGAGCCUGUUCGCAGGGAAAAGACCCAAUCAACAGAAUCGGGUUCCACGGUUAGAGCCUCCUCCAAGCAGCCUGUGCCUGUGAGGAAAUCCAAACCCAUGAAGCAGAGCAGGAAACGUUCAGGCACCAAAACUAUGAAGAAAAGGGAGAAGAAGAAACAAGCAAGAGGGAUUAAGACUUCGCGUUAGCAAUAUAGAUAUCUGUUGUCCUUUGAAAGUGAGACCCUCGCAGCUCCUGAUGGUUUGGAUUCUCAAGAUUUUCGGAUCGGGUUUUUUAUUCUGUGGUUGAAAAUGUGGGUAGCAAUCGGAUAAUGUUGAAUCUUGUAGUAACAAUCACAUUCCAUAAUCAAAUUUUGUAAUGUUUAAAGCCUUACUACUAACAAUCGCUUUACCCUUCUCACUCA